AUGACGCAAAGAGAGGACAGCUAUAAGUUCGAGUUCGGACGCAUCAAAGCUCUUCAGGAGGAAAGACUACACAUCCAGAAGAAGACGUUCACAAAAUGGACCAAUUCUUUCCUUCAAAAGGCCCGUAUGGAAGUGGACGACGUCUUUACAGACCUAUCGGACGGCAAAAAAUUACUCAAACUUUUAGAAAUAAUAAGCGGCGAAAAAGUGGGAAAACCAAAUAAUGGCAAAAUGCGAGUCCACAAGAUUGAAAAUGUCAACAAAAGUUUGGCUUUUCUUCACACAAAGGUCCGAUUGGAAAGUAUCGGAGCCGAGGAUAUUGUUGACGGAAAUAAAAGACUAAUAUUGGGUCUGUUGUGGACAAUAAUACUUCGGUUUCAAAUCCAAGACAUUGAGAUACAAGUGGAUGAAGAGAGCUCUGAGAAAAAGCACGCAAAGGAAGCGCUACUGCUUUGGUGCCAAAGGAAAACCUCAGGCUAUCCUUAUGUAGACAUUCGCGACUUCACACAGAGUUGGCGGUCGGGUAUGGCUUUCAAUGCCCUCAUUCACGCCCAUCGACCAGACCUUAUCAACUAUAACGCCUUAAACCCCAACAAUCCGAUCGAUACGCUUAACAAUGCCUUCGAAGUCGCGCAAAAAGAUUUAGGCGUCUCUAAGCUGUUGGACGCCGAAGACGUGGACACAGCAAAGCCCGACGAAAAAUCUGUUUUGACUUACGUUUCGUCAUAUUAUCACACAUUUGCCAAAAUGAAUAGUGAGAUGAAAGGCGGCCGAAGAAUCGCUAAUAUAAUCGCCCAAUUGAUUGAUGUCGAUAGGGAUCAACUCAAUUACGAGAUGUUUACCACCUUAAAUGAGUUAACCUAUGAGAGGUCCGAAAUAGAAGUGCUUCUGUUUAAGAUUCAAACACAGAUGAAGUCUUUGGGCCAACCGUUGUAUUCGCCACCGGAAGGCAAACUCGUUCAGGACAUUGAAAAGUCUUGGACUGCACUCGAAAAGGCCGAAUACCGGCGGGAAGUGGUCUUACGUGAAGAGUUGUUACGUUUGGAAAAAUUAGAAAAUCUCGCCUUUAGUUUCGAAAGGAAAAGCGUUUUAAGAGAAGGAUAUCUGAAAGAAAUGAUUCAAGUGUUGAGUGAUCCCCGAUAUGGUAGUCAUUUGACACAAGUCGAGGCAACCGUCAAAAAACAUGAAGCAAUCAGUGCUGACAUUAUGGCCAGAAAUGAACGCUUCAAGAGCUUAUCAGUGAUGGCACAGGAGUUGAUUGACGGCAACUAUCAUAGCAGUGAUGCCAUCAAACAAAGGGAACAAAAUAUUACAUAUCAAUGGCAACAACUCCUGGAACUACUUCAACGACACCAAAACAAUCUCAACACUGCCUCCAGUUUUAUGUCUUCUCUUCGAGAAGUGGAGACAAUUAGAAAUGAGAUCAAAGAAAUGGAGACAUCUCUCACUUCUGAUGCCAAUGUUGUGGUGAAUCAUCUGUUGGCUGUCGAGGAUCUGCUCCAAAGACAUACACUGAUUGAAGCGCACGUGUCAUCACAGGGAGAGACGAUUCGCAAACUCAAUAAUAUUUCUACUAAUUUAACGAAAAGCGAUAAAAAGCAGAGCAUUUCGGACGCCAUCGAAAUCAUCGGCAAAGAGGCGCCACUUCUGGUCAAAGGAUUGGAGUCUUUAAACAACGAAUACUCGAAACUCAAAGAGUUAUUAAAACUGAAACGAUUGAAAUUAGAAGAACUUCGAGCUUAUUAUCAGUUCGUUCAGGACGUCGAAGAAGAAGAGGCGACUCUUAGCGAAAGACAACGUAUAUGUCAAGCGAUUCUUCCCUCCAAAGACCUUUUGGCAGUCAUUUCAUUACAACAAAAGCACAGCGUUUUGGAGACUGAAAUCAAAGCCUAUAAGAAUCGACUGAAGAAAGUGAUAGACAGUGGAGAACAACUAAUUGCCGCUAAACAUCCGGAAAGUGCGGACAUUAAGGUUAGAAUCAAUAAUUUGACGCAACAAUUGGAUCGAUUGCAUGAAUUGGCGGAUCAAAAGACUAAGCAAUUGUCGGAUGCGAUGGAAGCGUUUCAAUACCACACCGACGCCAAUGAAGCCGAGUCUUGGAUGAAAGAAAAGAGUCAAUUAGUGACCUCCGAAGACUACGGGAAGGACGAGCCCUCAGCUCUGGCUCUUCUGCAAAGACAUUCUCGUCUGGAGAGUGAGAUCAGCGCCUAUGAGAAUGACAUCAAACGUCUUAACACACAGUCCGACAAAAUGCUUAAAUCGGGAAUCGCUUCGCUAUUUAUGAUAUGCGGCGACGCCUUCUCCGCGGCCACCGCUGCCGGCGCUGGAGAUAUGGAUGACAUGAACGGAACCGAAGAAUGGGUCGAAGAAUUAGUCGAGAAAGAGGUCGUCCAGGAAGUGGUGGAAGAGUUGCGAAUACCGCAAGUGAUGGCGUUAUACCCGUUCUCAGGUCAGGACAACUUCGUUGUGGCCAAAGGGGAGAAUCUGGUUCUGCUUCAGAAGACCAACAAUGACUGGUGGAGUGUUCGCAAAGACAGGGAGAGAAAGGAUGGCUUCGUUCCCGCAAAUUAUGUCAAAGAAGUUGAACCAAAAAUUGUCAAAAAACACGUCAAAAAACCGAUUAAAAUAUGGGAAAAACAAAAAGUGAAAAAAUUUGUGAACAAAAAAGCGAAGAAACAAAACAAGAGAAACAGUAAACGAAGGCUUAGUAUCAUAUGUGACGCCGAAAGUGUGGAACAGAGGAAGAAAAACAUUAAUUCUUCGUUUGAAGAACUGAUCGAUUCGUGUAAAACGAGACGACAAUACUUGGAGGACGCGAUCCAACUCUUCCGCUUUAACCGUGAAUGCGAUGCAUUCGAGUCGUGGAUCAAAGACACGGAAAGUGCAAUAUUGGACACAACGAGACUCUAUCAGCAGCAGAAGAGUCAACAACAAGACCUCACGGAUCCCAUCGAGAAGUUGAGAAAAAAGUUUGAGAACUUUAUCACUGAAUUGUCGGCCAAUCGGUCAAGACUUGACGAAAUUGAUCGCUUGGCCGAUGAGUUCACGUGCGGAAGAGCUCAACACUACUCAUCAGUAAUAAAACAAAGACAAACUCAGAUCCAAAAGAAAUGGGAAAAACUAAACCGAUUGAUGACAGAACUCGGGAAGAAUGUCGAAGGAUUGACAACCGUUGAGAUGUUCAACAAUACGUGCGACGAAACGGCCGAAUGGAUGUCAGAGAAGUUGGACAAAAUCGACGUCAGGGGAGACUUCGGCAAAGACCUCAAGACUGUUCAGGCACUCCAUCGCAGACACGACAACAUCGAGCGAGAGUUGGCUGCAGUCGAAGAGAAGUUCAAUAAAGUGAACCUUUUGGCCGAUUCUGUCAAGAAUUCAUAUCCGACUGAAAGGAAUAAUGUGUCGAUUCGUCAGAAAGAAUUGGCAAACAUUUGGGAGAGGGUUAAGGAAAAGGCUAACGAAAGGCGCGCCAAACUCGAUGAAUCUCUCGGUCUUCAGGUUCUCAAGAAUUCUGCCAAUGAUUUACUCAAUUGGAUUCGAAGAGAUGUCAAACAGAGUCUAAACAGCGAUGACGUAAAUGUGGCCAAAGAUGUGGCGACAGUCGAGCACUUGAUUGAAAAACAUGAAGACUUAGGCAAAGAGAUCGCCGCACAUAACGACGAGUUCAAUGAUUUGCGACUUUUGGCCAAACAAUUAAUCAAACAAAUGGGAAGCGAAGAAGUUUUGCCGAUACUUAACGAACUCAAUGAAGAACAAGAAACCAUUCAUAUUGGAUGGCAGGAGAAGAAUAAUUGGUUGAGACAAUGCAAAGACCUAAUGAUCUUCAACCAAGAGGCGGACCAAUUGGACACAUUAACGAACUCUCACUUGACUUUCUUGGAGUUCAAUGAUUUGGGAGAGACAUUAGAUUCAGUGUAUGGUUUGCAGAAAAGACACGAGAAUUUCAUCGCCUCGUUGUUAGCGAACGACGAAAGACUGCAUUUGUUUGGAGAUAUGGCCGACAAACUGAUUGACGCCAAACAUUACGAUUCAGACAACAUUCAGAUGAGACGCAAACAAGUGAUCGAUCGGAGGGUUAGUGUGAAGGAGAGGGCACUCGAGAGGACACGAGUGCUCAACGAUGCGCUCAACUAUCAGGAGCUGAGAGCAGAUGUGGAGGACUUCCAGAGUUGGUGUUACCAUAAGAAGAAGAUUGCGAGCGACGAGUCGUACAAAGAGUUGCAGAAUAUGGAGAGAAAAGUUCAAAAACACUUAGCAUUUGAGGCAGAAUUGGCCGCAAAUCAGUCGCGACUCACGGCUAUCAACGCCAGGGCUCGAGACCUCAUCUCUUCGUCACAUUUUGCCGCCGAAGCCAUCGAAGCGAUGGUGAAGUCUAUUAACGAUCAGUGGAUGUCAUUGUUUGCGUUGACGUCAAGUCGUGGCCAACACUUACGUCAGGCGUCGUCUCAAUUGGAUUACAACCAAAGUGUGGAAAGAGCUAAACAACGAUUGGCUGAACUCAACAAAAGUGUCACAUCUGUUCAAAUGGGAACAGAUCUGCGAAGUUGUAAGGAAUUGAUCCAAAAGCACAACUCGUGCGAAGUGGAGGUGAAGACGUGGGAGAAGAAGAUGCAAGAGUUGAUCCAAAGGGGCCAAGAGAUGGCCGAAACCCAUUUCGACGGCCAAAACAUUGUGCAGACGUGUUAUGCAGUGAACGAGAGUUUGUCUCAAAUGAAGAGUCCGUUAGAGGAGAGAAGAGUCCGACUCUUGGAGUCGUUUAAGUUCUAUGAGUUUGAGUUUGAGAUCAAUGCAGAACUUCAGUGGAUUCGAGAACACUAUCCGUCGGCCAAAUCGCGAACCGUUGGACACAAUCUGACGGACGCUCAGAAUGUGAUGAAGAAGUGGAAGCAAAACCUCGAGAUGCAGACGUGUUAUGCAGUGAACGAGAGUUUGUCUCAAAUGAAGAGUCCGUUAGAGGAGAGAAGAGUCCGACUCUUGGAGUCGUUUAAGUUCUAUGAGUUUGAGUUUGAGAUCAAUGCAGAACUUCAAUGGAUUCGAGAACACUAUCCGUCGGCCAAAUCGCGAACCGUUGGACACAAUCUGACGGACGCUCAGAAUGUGAUGAAGAAGUGGAAGCAAAACCUCGAGCGAGAAGUGUUGGGACACGAGUGUAAGAUCCAGAAGACAUUGACAAAGGGCGCAGAACUGGUCCAACAGAAGCACUUCCGGAGCGACAGUAUCGACAAAGAGUGCCACCAGUUGUCCGAGAGUUGGACUCAAUUGAAACAAUUGGUUUCGGAGCGCAAGAAGUUGUUGGAGAUAUCGCUCCAAAUGCAACACUUGUUGUCCGAAGCGAAUGAAGUCGAGUCGUGGAUGAAUGAGAGGUUCAAUGUUAUGAACAGCAAUGACUUGGGAACGCUGUUUUCAGAAACUUGUGUAUUAUCUGCGAUACCCAACACAUCAGUCAAUACUUUCUUCGUUAGGUUGUGUUGA